AUGUCUGCUAGCAAACUGGUCGGUACUACCGUCGGCUUUUUCCUUCUGGCUUGUUGUAGUCUGGCAAAAUGCCAGGAAGUAUGCGGACUGAGCGGUCUUCCAGAGUUCCGCGACACCACUGAGCACCUCCAGCGAGAGGGACUGAUGAACAGAAUCAGUGCAAUCGUUCCCAGCUACACCUUCACCUGCGCCGGGGCUGUGACGAGAUGGAGGGCUCACGUGGAGCGACGGCGAAACCGAUACGACAGGUACGAGAUGACAUUCUCGGUCUGGAGACCCGCCGACGGGUGCACGUACGUCAGAGUUGGCGAAAAUUCCAAUUCGGGACUCGCGCCGGAGUUGGACUCCAACGGAGAAGCUCUGGGUUCGGUGACGCUGAGCGUGCCGGUUGAGGACCGUUUCUCGGUGGAGCCAGGGGAUUUCGUGGGAUUCAGCGUGCGGCAUUAUGAAGUUGAAUGGCCAAGCGGCCUAGAGCUCGGGGAAGGCGCUGCUAGCGUGAUGGUGGAAAACAGAACGGACAUCUCCACGUAUGCCUGGACGGCCCCAGCACUACCACCCACUCUGCCUUGCAUUCGUGAGGGAAUCGUUGCAAUGAAUAUCACAGCAGCACCUGUGAUUACAGUGGAUAUGAUUCCUGUUGUUCCUAUCGCCACAACCACUCCAUCAGCUGAAGAUAUUUCUCACUUCCCCUCUGCUACAACAACUAUUGAAUAUUCCUACCCCAUUGUCCCCUUCCCUAGCACCACCACAAAUCCUUCACCAGUUGCUUCUCAAACAGCAGAAGACAAAACUGCACAUUUUCCCAGUGGACCCUACAUCACAGUACCACCUCCAAUCGGAGACACGCGUACAGCAUUGCCUCAAGCAGUCUUUUUCGCCAUUGCUGCAGCAUCUCUCUUGGGAAUUGCAGGGAUCCUAUCUGUUGUUUGCCUGGGCUGUGUGUGCAUCAGGAGGCAGAGAAGGAAAGCAUCUCCAGCUAAUGAACCAGAAGAGCAAGAAAAUGAAUACGUGGAAAUGAUGCAAAGUCACAUCUACAGCAGUAAUAUUUUGCCGGGAAAAGGAAAUCAAGGGCGUCUGCAAUUCAGGUCCAUCUACGACACGCUAACACCUGAGCCUCUCCCCACUCUCAACCCAACACUAUCCUCCUGUUCUACCGGCGGUCCAGUUUUUCUCUCUCACUCUGAAACUCCUGCAACCUCUCCAGACUCUGACCUUCUCCUCCUAUCCACCUCCCCAUCACCAAGCCUCCCAACCAAGAAACAGAGAAAGGAGUCCAGCACCUCCAUCGAGUGUCCUCUCUAUUCUUCCCCCACCAAGAAGGCACCUGAUGUCCCCAGUGAGGUGCCAGAAUACAGCUCUCUCGCUUCUCCUUAUGAGCCCACAUAUGACGUACCCACACUCCCUCGUAGUACUGGAUAUGAGAAUCCCAGAUGUUACCAACCUCCAGCCUAUUCUACUGAGAAUGAGGCAGAAUAUGAAAUAAUGAUCUAG